ACUACUCCUAUUACUAGUAGUAAUCUGCUGCCAAACUUUCCAUUUCUUUCCAUCCCUAUACUCUGAACUGCUCUUCCCCUCCUUGCACCGAAAUAAACAAAGUUUCCAUCUUGAUUUAUCCAGUUAGUUUCAGCCAUUUUCUUGAAGCAUUCUUGGUCAGCAAUUUCAUUCUACUUUUGUAUUCCGCUGUUCUUCAUUCUUUCUAGAAAGUUAGUGUAUACUCAACUACUGAAGAAAAUGAAGGAAAUUGCACAUUUUGUGUUUGGAGUUUUUGGAAAUGCUUCUGCGCUGUUCCUCUUUUUGGCACCAGUGAUAACAUUCAGAAGGAUCAUUAUUAAAAGAUCUACAGAGCAGUUCUCUGGGGUUCCCUAUGUCAUGACUUUGCUGAACUGUUUGCUCUCUGCAUGGUAUGGACUGCCUUUUGUAUCACCACACAAUCUGCCAGUGUCCACAAUUAAUGGAACUGGUGCUGCAAUUGAGAUUAUAUAUGUGCUGAUUUUCCUCAUUUUUGCACCCAAGAAGGAGAAAACAAAGAUCUUUUCCAUUCUUGUUCUGGUCAUCACUGCGUUUGCAGCUGUUGCGUUGGUUUCCCUAUUUGUUCUCCAUGGCCAAAGCAGGAAGUUGUUCUGUGGUUUAGCUGCGACAAUUUUCUCCAUCACCAUGUAUGCUUCACCUCUGACAAUCAUAAGGUUGGUGAUCAAGACCAAAAGCGUGGAGUUCAUGCCAUUCUUCCUGUCACUCUUUGUGUUCUUAUGUGGCACUUCCUGGUUUAUCUUUGGCCUUCUUGGAAGAGACCCCUUUGUUGCUAUUCCAAAUGGCUUUGGGAGUGGAUUAGGAACAGUGCAGCUAAUCUUGUAUGCUAUCUAUCAUGACAACAAAGGUCCAGGGAAAAGAGAAGUUUCUGAUGCAUCCUCACAGUUAAAGGAUCUGGAAAAUGGCAAGCCUCAAGAAGAGAAGCAAACACCAGGGGAUGAACAGGUUUAGAAAGUUAUGGAGACUGCAUCUGAAGAACUGUUGCCUAAAUCCCCCUGCAGAUUUGCUGUUUCUUUCAAUCUUGAUUUCCAAUGUCUUUCUUUGUGAUGUUCCUUUUUGCCUGCUGGAGGUACUGUAGGAUAGAAACAAAAGUAGGGAAUGUUGAUCAAUCAGGCCUUGGUUUUCAUUGUAUUUCUGGUGAUGGUUAUGACUUUGAUAUCAACGGCGUCUAUUUUCAUGUGCAAA